GGAAGCAGGCUGUCCAUUGCAGUUGCACAAUCCAAUUAGUUUCGAGUUGCACCCAUAGAAAAAACUGGAUCCGAUCACACAGAGGCUUUCUAUGACCAGUUGUACAUCUGUAUGUUGGCUGGUAAUCCCUUUGAUGCAUCUUCAGGACAGGUUCCAAUCGAAGCUUUUAACAGGGAUCCACAACAACAAUUCUGCAUAAAACAGCAACUUAAAAGCUGAGGAUGCUGUUGACUGCAUACUUGCUGGCACUUAUCUUCAUCUGGACAGGAAUGGCGGCAAAAUUUGUUGUUCCACCAUGUGACCAUCCCAUGUUUGAUAGUGCUGUUCAAAACUGCUUGUCAGACUUCAACAAGAGCAUGGAGACAACUGGCUAUCAACACAGGUGCCCGUGGCCUACUGUAAAACGCAUCUACUACGAACUGAAGAUUUGCACAGAAAGAUGUGCAAAGGUGUCUUGGUGUAAGGGAUAUGGACAUCUGGUAGACGAUGUCUUCUUGGUGGUACAUGAAACGUACUUUAAGCUGUGUGGACAAGUCCAAGACCCCCCACUCUUCACUCUCAUUAUGUUAAUAGCAACUCCUAUCAUUACCACACUCUUCAUGCCAAUUCUCUGUGUCAAUCUCACCACCUGCGAAACAAAGAUACCGGGCGCUUUCGGGUUCUGAUUGGGCUGAGUCGACAGGCUUGGUCUUCUCCUCAUAUUUCAGUCCAUUCCGACAGUGGGUCAUGCUAACUUUGCACUUGCCAACUGUGAGCAAAUAGAUAUCAUGAAAUAUGGACUUAGUGGGCAGUGCAACUGAUUAUUUUUGGUGUUUACUUUCGGCCAGAAUCAUGGAUAAGCAUUUCAAAUCAUUUAUGAAGAACUAAAGGCUAAAUAGUUUUAACCCUUGAUAACCUUCGCAAAAUGUUUACGGAGAUAACAAGUGCAAAGUGAGUAUCACCCAUAGUAAAACAUACACAAUAAAGAAAAUGGGGCUUAGGGUUAAGCAGUUUGCAAAAUGACUGCAGUUUGCAGUUCAAGUACGACAUGCACACACACGUAUUACACAAACAACAAUCUGCUGUUACAAUCUGUUACAAUUAACAAGUAAACAUUUGAUAAAUGGAAUAAUGGGUUAAAAAUGUCUAAUGGAUUGGUGCAGUAAUGAUAUCUUUCUGUAGGUUGACCCUGAAGUAAGCCUUGCCAGGGGUCCGUCGUCAAAAAGCAACCUGAUUUCUUUCCUUGAAUUCGGGAAAAUUAUUUGACAAACACGAUUAUGAUACUUACGCAGUUUGUUCUGCGGGAUAAUCUCACAAAUGAACACCACUUUUAUGAUUUUAUAGUGUGAAUGCAUCAGCAGAAGUAAAAUGCUAACAAUGGGCUAUUAACAAAAUACAUCACAGUUCGCCUGUCUGCCAGCACCUUCUUAGCUAAAGCGGCUAGUGUUCGGUGUGAUGACAUUAUGUAGUUAAUGCUGUUUGUAUGACACUUAGAAGCUUCUGACAUUCAUUAGGGGUAUUUACUGACAUAUUUUAUGUUAUAGAACAAAACAUAAAAACUGUUAAGCUCGUGUUAACCACACGUCUUAUCAAGUGGUAUAAUAAUAUAGUUAAUUUAUUCCCAGUUUUAAGAACUAAUUUCUGCCCAAUUCUAAUAUGGACAAUGUUGUCCACCAAUUUUUAUAUACGAUCCUUCGUAUUUUUCAUCCUAAAAAUGCAGAUGAUAUCAAAGCUGCACAAAAAAAACUAGUUCUUUUAAAUGUGUCUUCCAAAGCAGCUGUCAAGCCUUUUAUUGUUGACAUAUUUCUUCCCCUCUAACUCUCAAAUGUUCUAUAUCUGUCAAUGGCAGGGUGUGUCAUGAAGUUCUGUAAAUCAGCAUGCAUGUCAUACAUUCUGUAGGCAGACAUUAACAUCUGAACUUUCUGGAACUCAUUAUUCUGUCAUAUAUGGUGAACACCCCACCCUUCUGGCACCUACAAAAAAACAAAGCUUUGACGAUUUACUGCACUCUUCCUCACCAACUCCACUCCAGCAGUCUAUGCAAUACUUUGUACAUUUUUAAGAUGACAAAAGAAAAAUGAUUCUGUUUGUAUUUGAAACACAUAAUAAAUAUUUAUUUCAGACAAAAAAUAAUGUUUUAC